AAAAUGGCCUGUCCAGGCAAAAUGUCUAUGUGUGAUUGCAUAGCCGGACUCCUGAAUAUCUUCAACAAGUACUCUGGAAAGGAUGGGGACCCAGAUACCCUCACCAAGGAUGAGCUGAAGGAUCUGCUCAAGGACGAGUUUGGGGGACUUCUGAAGAACGCUGACCAGGUAAAAGUGGACCAAGUGUUCCAGCAGCUGGACCGGGACGGAAGCCAAACUGUUGACUUCAGGGAGUACAUGACGUUUGUGUGUUCCCUGGCUGUGUGUUGCAAGGAGUGCCUCCAGAGUGGACAGAAGAAGUAAAGCGCCCCCUUGUGACUCUUGCCUAGUACUGCAGCUCCCCACGGCCCUGCACACGCCAUGUAGAUUCACAUGGUUUCAUCAACACCAAGACAUAUAAAUGAAUACCUUAAGACAAGCUCAUUCUUGGCAAUAAAUAAAUGAAAUGUUCUUGUUCUGAUAAAAAAUAAACGGAUGAGAUAAA